CAAAUUUUCCACUUAUAUCCUCCAUUCCUAGUUCGGCUCCAUCGGCGAUUCGACUGCGAUCGCUAUUUGAUGAGGAGAUUCGGUGGGCGCGUGGACUCCCUCAAUGAGCUCUACUACUCCCAUCUUCAUCUCCGCCCACACAUGUAUGAGUCUAGGGACAUUAACUUUCGGGCCCGCCUGCGCCCAGACUCGGAAUAUGAUUGCACACGUCGAAACGAAGAACAAUAUUAAUGCAGCGGUGGAAAAAUAUAAGCGUGCACGUCGAGCACUGGAACCAUGGGCUAGGAGGAAAUGCUCCCCCUCGUGGGAGAUUCGGUGGGUGCAGGCUCACGGUCCACGGACUCCCUCAAUGAGCUCCGCACCCAUCUUCAUCUACGCUCACUCAUGUACAAAUUAACUUUUGGGGCGUGCCCAGAAUUUGACUGUACCCGUCGAAACGAAGAAA